AUGCCCCCCCGGUUCCCCCGGUUUCCCGCCCCAUUCAUGCGCCAAAUCAAUUUCACUCGCCUCCUCAAGACCAUCCUCGGCGAGGCCGCCGCUUGCACUGAAGAACAGCGGAUGCCCCCGGUGACCGGGUCACGUAGCGGCGCGACGGGCCUUGAGACGUCACGGGCUAGAAGUAGCGUUUGGUGUGUGCGUGCAAGGGAGGGAAGGGGGAAGGUGGGAUGGUUGGGUGUUGCGGUGGCUAGGGUCAAGUUACGUGCGGGAGAGAUGCGCUUUGCUAGUUGCGGUGUUGUGCAUCUGCAGAGGCUAGAGGGAAGUUACGUAGAGCAUUAG